AUGUUUGACUACGACCGCCUCUCUUUGAAUGUUGCGCAACAAUUCUCGUCUCCCAAAACAAAAAAUGGCAGUGACAACGAUAAAUCUGUGUCUGCACAUUUUGGGGAUGAUGGAAUUUUAAGUAAUGGAAGUAGCGAAUCUCAAAUAUUUGGAAAUGGUUGGGAUAACAGUCCAUCUCCUUUUGAGGGAGAGGGGGAAACUGAGGAAAAUAGCAUUGUUCAUAGCCUUUCCGAAUUACUUCGUCGUCGCUCAUCUCCGUGUACAAACACUGGAAAUUGCUGUUUUGAACGCGAACAUCGAAUGUCUGCUGAUGAAUUUGGAAGUGGAUGUAUUGGGGCAGCUCAACAUUUACAGCGUCAUCGUUCAGCUACAGUUAGCAGCACUGACCAAGUUUAUGGACUUUCGACACCAAAUCGUAAUGUUGCGCAUCAUCAACGGGAACGACGUCCUAUGGAUUUUGGCGGUUAUGGAAUGGAUCGAUUUGCGGCAAUGGUUGGAAUUUUUUAA